AUGGCGGCCAACCGCCCGCUGCCUGGCGCGGUCACCUUUACAGGGCACCGUGAGACCAUCAUGGACUCGUUCACUCAACACAGAGACGCCGCAAACUUCAGUGACGCAGCGCUCGGGGACCCUGAAAACAGCGAGAAAACGACAGACUUUCAGGGACAUUUCUUCGCAAAGACCGAGGAGAACGAACCAAGAUAUCCUCGAAGCGUCCAGGCCCUCUAUCUCCAGCCAUUGCGACGUGAAGCCGAGUAUGGAAUCCCUUCAUGCGACCUUCAGUUGCGCUCGUACAGCUUGAGGAACCUCGAGUUCUUUUCCGACUUUGCCCUUCGCGCAGCGUACUAUCUGAAGCUCCCGGCAUUUGGCCCCGUACCAUUGCCUCGAAUCACUGAACGAUGGACGGUUCCCCGGAGUAGUUUCAUCUUCAAGAAGUCGCAGGAGAACUUCGAGCGUAUCACGAUGCGUCGCCUCGUUCAAAUCCGCGAUGGAAACCCUGAGACGGUCCAGCUGUGGCUGGCUUUCCUCCAGAAGCACGCAUAUUACGGCAUUGGAAUGAAGGCCAAUGUAUGGGACUUUGGGAAGCUCGGUAUUGGCAAGACCAUGGAUGCCAUCGAUCCAGAGGCCACUGAGGCAAUUGAUUCACAGUGGAGUCAUUUAAGUCAGAAGCGGAAGCUAGAUACAGUUGAGAAAGUGGAGGAGUUUCUAGCCACGGUCCGAUUCGAUACGGACAGUGGCAAGCGGUCAGAGGGUGAGCGGCGAUUCCUCCAGAGCCAAUGGAAGAAAGAAGAGGCGGCCAAGAGAAAGGUGGAUAGUGAGUUUUGA